AUGUGUUGGCAGAGAGCUGCGGUUGUUAGAUGGUUCCUCUUGAUGCUCCUGUGGCACUGGGCACCUCUGGGCCCUCUGAGCUGGUUUCUGGCUCUGGCUGAGCGUCUGGACCAGAAGACCUCACCGUUCUCUUCCAUCUCCGGCCGGAGCAGCGGCCAGCUGGAUUGGCUCCUGUCUGAUAAAGGGCCCUUCCAUCGCUGUCCAGAAUACACAGAGUUCAAAGAGCGCUUCCAACAAGGCUUCUCCACACGCUACAAAAUCUACAGGGAGUUUAGUCACUGGAAAGUGAACAGCUUGGUGACAGAAAAGAGAGACUUCUUCAAAGCCCCGCUGCCUUUGGCGCCAGAGUUUUUACGCAACCUCAGGCUUCUGGGGAGAAGGCCGAGUCUUCAGCAGAUCCAUGAGAAUCUGAUCAAGAAAUAUGGCACUCAUUUCUUGGUAUCAGCCACAUUGGGAGGAGAGGAGUCACUCACAAUUUUCUUGGACAAACAAAAGCUGAGCAAAAAAUCGGAGGGCAACGGAAACAGCUCCGUGGUCUCACUAGAAAUCUUGCACCAGUUGGCGGCGUCGUACUUCACAGACAGAGAGAGCACCCUGAGAAGACUGCACCACCUGCAGAUCGCUACAUCUGCCAUCAAGGUGACGGAGACCAGAACGGGGCCUCUUGGAUGCAGUAACUACGACAGCCUGGAUUCCGUCAGCUCCGUCUUAGUGCACAGCCCCGAAAAUAAGAUCCAUCUGAAAGGUCUUCAGGAUGUGCUUCCUGAGUUCCUGCGAAAUCGUUUUGUGGAGGCGGCCCUCAGUUAUGUGGCGUGUAAUUCGGAGGGCGAACUACUGUGCCGUAACAAUGACUGCUGGUGCCGCUGCUCCACAAAGUUCCCUGAUUGUAACUGCCCUUUUGCAGACAUCAAAGCCAUGGAGGAGAGUCUGCGUAAGAGCAAAGAAUCCUGGAUCAACCUCAACCAAGACUUCAUAGAGUCAGAUGAGUUCAAGGCCUUUCUCAAGAAAUUGCCAACGGAUCAUUUUUUAAACACCUCUGCCGUCUUAAAGUUCUGGACGUCAGAUCUGGUCCUGCAGAGACGUUAUGGCCUGCUGGAGGCGAGCACUAAAGUGGUGCUGGGAAAAGCCAUCAAGAUAGUGCGCAAACUCUUCGCUCUCAGCAAGCGCUGUCCUACGCAGCCAAAAAUCAGCCUGCCUAGAGAAAGGACGCUGGGGUUUUGGCUCAACAAAGCUCAGUCUCUGUUGUACUGCAGUGAGCAUGGUGUGCACGGCACAUUCUCUGAGGAUCUGCAGGGCUGCAUCUGCGCCGCAGAGCAACGCACCGUCUGCCAGGGCACUGUGCCAUGUAGGGUGGGUGAGGGUACCCUCUGCUCCUCCUGCGCCCCGGACAACAUCACCCGCUGUGGCACAUGCCUCCCAGGCAGCAUCCUGCAUAUGGGCUUCUGUCGACCCAAUAUUGCCAACUCUUUGGACCACUAUGUCAACUUUGACUUUGACAUGCCAGACGCAGAGAUGCGUUACCUUCUUCAAAGGCUUGACAGUCGCAUGGAGGUCCACGCUAUUUACAUUAGCAAUGAUGUGCGUUUAGGCAGCUGGUUCAACCCGGCGUGGAGGAAGCGCAUGCUGCUCACCCUCAAGAGCAACAAGAACAAGUCCAACCUCAUCCACAUGCUGAUGGGGAUCUCUUUCCAGAUCUGUUCCACCAAGAACAGCACCCUGGAACCCGUGCCUGCAAUCUAUGUCAACCCCUUCGGGGGAAGUCACUCCGAGAGCUGGUUUAUGCCUGUCAACCAGCAGGACUUCCCGGACUGGGAAAGAACUAAAUUGGACGCCUCGCUCCAGUGCUAUAACUGGACCCUCCCUCUUGGCAGCAAGUGGAAGUCUUUCUUCGAAACGGUGCACAUUUACCUGCGAAGUCGCAUCAUCACGGACGAUCCCACGGUCAAUGAGACGCUUUUUUAUGAGCCGCUGGAUUUGGAUGAUCACUCGGCUAACCUGGGCUACAUGAAAAUCAACAGCCUGAAGGUGUUUGGCUACAGCAUGCACUUUGAUCCCGAGGGGAUCAAGGACCUGAUCCUGCAGUUGGACUACCCGUACACGCAGGGCUCGCAGGAUGCAGCCUUCCUGAUGCUUCUGGAGAUGAGGGACCGCAUCAACCGACUCUCUCCACCCGGGGCCCAGCCGCUGGACCUCUUCUCCUGCCUCCUGAGGCACAGGCUCAAGCUUUCGUCCAGCGAGGUGGUGCGCAUACGGGAAGCGCUCCAGAGUUUUAAUACCAAGCUUCCCAACUCCAAUGAGCCAGAACUCAGCCAGCUGUGCAGCUAGCUCAAAUGAGCCUCUGUCGCUCAUCCUUGCCUGCCUGUGAGAAUGUAUUUGUAAAUGUGAUGAGAAAAGAAAGGAAAUGGAAAUAUAUUCUCAGUGUGUGCGUAAAUGUUUGUGGCUGAGAUUUUCUUUGAACACUCUUCCUUUGAGUGGCAAUAGAAAGAAACAGAAUUUUUGAUUGUGACUGAUUCAGGAGCAAACCAUGUGGAAGCCGUUAGUUGCCAGAAUAUUCCCCUGCUGGGAAAAACUUGUUGGAUCUAGCCUACAGUCAAACUUAUUUCGCGUCUACUCGGGUUCUUUUUAAGACAGUGGGGAUUUUACCUAAGUGGACUGCCAACAUUAUCCAAGAAAAAUAAGUGAGAAUAAUCAUGGUUUCCUAGCACAUAUGUGCUGGUGCUGUUGUUAUUCUUGGUGAUGUCAAUGUUUGAGAUGAAUCUUCUGGAGAAUCGACAAUUCCAAUGUAAAGUCUAUUCAAAUGUAAAGUGUUGGAGCGCAGUGGUCCAACAAAUAUAACAAUCAGCAGAGACUUAGAUUUGUGCUUUUUUAUUUUAUCUGGAGUCGCAAAUCCUGUAUUGUGAAAUCUGUAUAUCUGUAUUUAAUGUGGGAUUGAAUUGCAAGAAUGUUGGAUAGAAAAUCCUUUGUAUUCAGAGAUAAGGCUAAACCAAAAGGUAAACAUGAAAGCAAACUGAAUGGAACAAUUUCUUUACUUUUCUAAUGUUCGCUGAAAUCUCUUUUGAGAAGGCAACUAAGGUUACAGUACAUACUUACAAUAUUGUUUUGAACAGGUAUGUGGGUUGCUUUGUAAAUACUGCUCAUCUCAUUCAAGGCGUGAAAAGCUUCACUCUGCUUAUUGGAUACUUACUGAUAAACACCCGUAUUUGUACUUUUUGAAGUGCAAACACCAAAAAA